GGUCCCGUAAGACGCUACGACCUCCGUCCCAUUGUUUGCAUUUUACCUCGUGAUGAGGACGGCGGAGUAAAAGGCGCCAGUGUUUGGUGUCCUUCCAGAGAGAAACAUCACAAACUGCUGCAUGAGGUUUUAAAACCUGAAACACAGCUACAAAGAGCAGGUCGGGGAGAAGUUGAGGAGAGGCACUUCAACAUGAACUCUGAGUGGAAACUGUCAGCUGAUCAGCGGAGAGAUGUCCAGAAAGUGAUUGUUGGUGAAGAACAUCAGCAGGAGUGGAGCUCCAGUCUGGACCAGGAGGACACAAAGCCCCCAGACAUUAAAGAGGAACAGGGGGAACUCCAGAUCAGUCAGGAUGGAGAGCAGCUUCAAGGGCUGGAGGAGGCUGAUAUCACCAAGUUCUCAUUCACUCCGGUCCCUGUGAAGAGUGAAGGUGAUGAAGAGAAACCUCAGUUCUCACAGCUUCAUCAAAGACAAACUGAAGAGAUCAAAACAGAAGCUGAUGGAGAGGACUGUGGAGGACCAGAACCAGCCAUGAAAUCGGAUCCAGAUACACAUUUACAACCAGCUACUGAUGACCAGACUGGAGACUCUUCUGAACCUGAGACUGAUGACAGUGAUGAACAGACCAGAGAACCUCAGUCAGGUAUAAACUCUCUGAAUAACGAUAGAUUCCCUGUUAGUGAUUCAAGAUGUACUACUGGUGAGAAAGCAUUUAGCUGCUCUGAGUGUGGGAAAAUAUUUGGCACCAAUGGACAUCUGAAGAGACACAUGGGAACCCACACAGGAGAGAAACCAUUUAGCUGCUCAGUCUGUAAGAAAGCUUUUAGAGAGAGUGGAAGUUUAAAGAGACACAUGAGAAUCCACACAGGAGAGAAACCAUUUAGCUGCUCAGUCUGUAAGAAAGCUUUUACAGAGAGUAGAACUUUACAUAGACACAUGAGAACCCACACAGCAGAGAAACAAUGUAUCUGCUCAGUCUGUAAGAAAGCUUUUAUAGAGAGGGCAAGUUUAAAGAGACACAUGAGAAUUCACACUGGAGAGAAACCAUUUAGCUGCUCAGUCUGUAAGAAAGCUUUUACAGAGAGUGGGAAUUUACAGAAACACAUGAGAAUCCACACAGGAGAGAAACCAUUUAGCUGCUCAGUCUGUAAGAAAGCUUUUACAGAGAGUGGAACUUUAAAGACACACAUGAGAACCCAACACGUGAGUGCUACAAGCUCCCCCCUUGUUUUGCUUCUCCCUGUCGGCUCUACUCAUGUGAUCCUGAUUUGAUCGUUAGUGGUUGGCUCCGCUCCUGUACUCAAGGAAGGCUGGAGGACUCUUUCAGACUGAAGCAGCUGUUCAGUGUGUAUAUUUCUUGGGGGAUUGAGGUGUGAGGGAUAUGGCACAAAACCAAGAUGAUAUUUGGAACUAAAUUCAUGAUAUUUGGAUAUUGUACUAUACAUACAGAUGUAUAAAUAGUAAUUGAUAAUGAAAUAAUUGAAAGUCUAUGAAAAAUGCAUGAAGUUGGCCAGGAGUAUUGGUAUAUUGAACGAAACUAGAUAACUAUAGAACCAAAAUACACUA